GUAGUCGUUUCGUAAUUAUUUUGCCAAGCUCCCGCUACUGCUCAGCAGCUUAACCAGCUACAGGAACUCCCUGAUAAUCCUCCAGGGCUCUCUCUCAAAACCCAACAGCGCAAUCGACUGAGUCAACUAUUAACUACUGAGUAUCUUCGUUCAGAAACACACACGAACCCAAAAAAAUGUUGUUAAAGUUGCCUGCUCGUAAUCUUCGCGCUGGAGUCUACCUCCAACUUCUGGUCGCAGCUCAGCACUCUAUGGGAGCGCUUGCUUUGAGCUUGCAGGCU